CAGCAGGCGGCCAUGUUGGAGCAGCGGAGGCGGCGCAGAGGCGCGUCCUGGGUCCCCGCGGCGGCGCCGGUGCCAAGCGCUGGUUUGCGGAUACCCAGGCAGAUCUGCAGUGCCUAAUGCCAUGAGCGUGGUGGUGCAGCAUGUGGAGGAGAAAGCUGUGCACUCCUGGUCGCGGAUCUCCACGGCAGGGAAGAAGGCCCUGGAGGAAGCGCUGCUUGUCUUUAACCCCAUGAGCCAGGAUCUCAGUGCCACUGAGGCCCAGCUUGUGGCCUUCCUGCAGGGCCUGCGGGAUGAUGGCUUCCAGCCUACCAUCCUGCGCAGCGGUGAUGUCUAUGGCUAUAGUUCGUGCACAGCCAACCCCCCAAGCCAGACAAAGCUUCAAGCUCGUGCCCCCACCCCAGCUGCCACAUCACCUCCAGCCAGUGCUCCCCGAACUGCCAUGCGGCUGCCUGCAGGCCGGGCCACACUGCUCCCCAUGCCACUGUCUGGCAGGCUGGCCAAAGCAUCCACACCAGCCCUCUCCAAGCAUGCCACCACCAACCUGCUACUGAGCUCCCUGAAGCAGUCAAGUGCCAGCCGUGCCCGGGGUGCAGCAGUGGGCUUUCCCACCCACCUCUAUCCAGGUGUCUACCCUGCCAUGCGGCUCUCUGUUGUCCUUGAGGCCCUGGUUCCACUCAAGACUCCCAUGCCCUGCUUGGGUGCCAAGCACAAGGCACAGUCACUGCAGCUCUCACUUGCAGACUCUCCCCUGAAGCUGCGGAAAGGUCCAGGGAAGAGGCUGGGGAAUUCCCAGCCCAAAGCUCCCAGAAAAGCCACAAGCAAGGGCCCCAAGUGUCUGACUCGAAGAGGCCCCAGGGCUGGACCCCGACAAGGCACUGGGCCCCAGAGCAAGACCUACAAAGCCUCUGGUUCCCUCAGUGGCCCACGAAUAAAAGGUGGCUGUGCUCUGGGCACCAAAACAGCCCAGGCCAAAGCUGCCCAUGCCCGGGCCAAGGUGGCUCGAACACAAGCCAAAGCUGCCAAGGCCCGGGCAAAAGCCAAGGCAGCACGGAUCAAGGCCAAGGCCAAGGCCAAGGCAGUGCGGGCCAAGGCUAAGGCCAAGGCAGUGCGGGCCAGGGCCAGGGCCAAGGCAGUGCAGGCCAGAGCCAAGGCCAAGGCAGUGCGGGCUAAGGCCAAGGUGUCUCGGACCCAGCCCAGGGGCAGGGGCAGGCCAAAAAGGUCUGUUCAGGCCAGGACUGCAAGGAGGAGCCGGAUAAGCUGCCCUGAGACUGUGGGACAGAAGAGGAAAAGGACUGAAGAGGCAAAGGAUCUUCCUCCCCGGAAGAGAACACGGCUUGGGCCCCAAUCCCCUAAGGUAUGGCUAGGACCUGGAACGGCAAAGCUGCUGAAAUUCCGGGCCAUCAAGGUGGACAGGCAGUCCUCAGAUGAUGAGGUGCGGCAGCAGGCUCAACGGAUCCUUCGUGUGAACCUUUCCCCUGUAAUACGACUUCAGCCAUUGCUGCCAUACUCAGCACCCUGAUUCCUUCACGUAGCAACGUUCGGGGAAACUGAGCCCAGUUGUCUGUGUGGCCAGUGGCACAGUGUGCAAUGCCCAUGGAUUCCACAACCCUAAGGACUCUGGGUGCCUCUCCAGGGCCCUGAGAGCCACCGGCCUCCUUUCAGAGACUGGAGGAUGUGGGGUGGGGUGGGCGGGUGGGAGGGGUGGUCUCAUGGCGCGAUGCACUGUGACUUGUUAUUCUUCAAGUUGUAUGUCCACUUCCAUCUAUCACGUUUUAUA